AUGGAACACAAGGAACGACCAAAUAACCCUCAAAUGCUGAUACUCGAAGAUAGGAUGCGAUCAGUCUCAGAACAAGUUGCAGCCGUUUAUGACCCUCUAGGAUGGCUUACGCCAUUAACGCUGGCUGGAAAAAGAUUCCUACAACAGUUGUGGAAAUUCAACUACCAGUGGGACAGUGCGCUGUCAAAAGAACAUCAGACUCAAUGGAAAAACAUCACGGAAUCAAUUGAAGAUUUCUUCUACACUAAAGCCAAGAAAGCACCAGUACGACUUGGAUACGUCAACAGCACGGACAAUCCGGCAGACUGCGCUACACGUGGAGUAGAUAAGAACAACUUCAUCAACCACAUAUGGUGGAAAGGUCCAACUUUCAUAAAGAAAGCCACUGGCAAAGUGGCCUGA